UGGAAGGGCGACUUUGUUCAUUGGUUCGGGGAUGGCCCUUUUUAUUGGGUGCUGUCUUCUUCAUUUUUAGAGGAGAGAGCUCUUUUUUUUUUUCCCCUUCCUUUUUGCAGCUGAUUUUGUGUGGGAAAAUUGGAUUCCAUUGAAGAAGAAGAAAUAAAAUGGAGGGAGGGUCAAAAAAUAACACAAACAAAGGGAAAAAAGAUGAGCUUUUUCAUGUCAUUCAUAAGGUUCCAGCUGGUGACACUCCCUAUGUUAGAGCAAAAUAUGCUCAGUUGAUAGAGAAGGAUCCUGAGAGUGCAAUUCUACUAUUUUGGGAAGCAAUAAAUACAGGAGACAGAAUAGAAAGUGCACUCAAAGACAUGGCAGUGGUAAUGAAGCAAGUUCAUAGGACCGAAGAAGCCAUUCAAAUCAUCAAAUCGUUCAGAUUCCUUUGCUCCAAAAACGCCCAAGAAUCCCUCGACAACGUUCUUAUCGACCUUUUAAAGAAAUGUGGGAGAAUUGAAGAGCAAAUUGAGCUGCUGAAGAGAAAACUGAGAAUGAUUUAUCAAGGAGAAGCUUUUCAUGGAAAGCCAACGAGAACAGCUCGCUCUCAUGGCAAGAAAUUUCAGGUUUCUGUCAAGCAAGAAACUUCUAGAUUAUUGGGAAAUCUGGGGUGGGCCUACAUGCAGAAGCCCAACUACAUGAUGGCGGAGGCAGUGUACAAGAAGGCCCAAAUGAUAGAUCCAGACCCGAAUAAGGCGUGCAAUUUGGGCCUUUGCCUGAUGAAACAGGGCCGGCUGAUCGAGGCCAUUUCGGUUCUAGAAGAAGUGUGGGAAGGAAAAAUUCCGGGCUCCGACCAAACCAAGGCCAAGAAACGGGCCGGAGACUUAUUGGCCGAAAUCAGGUCCAGACAGUCUCUGCCCGAUUCUAUUGAACUUUUGGGCCUCAGGUUUGACGCCGAUUUGCUUAAUGGGCUUGAGCAGUUGGUCACUGAAAGAGGCCCAUUUAGGUCCAAGAGGCUUCCCGUUUUUGAGGAAAUUUCUCCAUUUAGGGACCAAUUAGCAUGUAAUUAAUUAGUUAAUGAAUAUUUUCUUUUUAUAUUUUCUUUUUUUUUUUUUGUUGAGUUUGUAGGGUUAGGGGAUUUGUUGGUAUAUGGGCUGGUUGGUGUUUAUGAAUAAUGUGUCUGUCUCCCUUUGUAGAUAAAAAAAAAAAGGAAAAAAAAUGGAGUUCGAGGUGAAAAAUGUUUGUAUUAUUCUGUUAAAUAUGUAUUGACAGUUUGGAGAAUAUGUAAAAUCAGUAUUAG